CUCAAGCAAUAAUGUCCAACCUCACCAACAUCCAUACUUUAAACCUUCUCCGAUGGACGGCCCUCGGAACUGGUAUUCUCUAUGGAGGACUCAAAAGACAAUAUUUAGUCUCGUAUGUCCAGGAACGCAAACAGGAGCGUGACAAAAAGUUGUUUGAGGAAUUGGUGUACGAAGCGAGGGUGGUUUAUACGGCGUUAAAGGAAAAGGAGCUGGCGGAAGUGGCAAAGAAAGAGUUUGGCAUUGAGGCUAUCGAUCCGGAUGACUACCGAUUUGAUGCAGAAAAGUACCUCAACUUUUUGAUUGCCCAACAAGAAAAGGAGGCGGCCAUCUUGCAAAAGUAG